AUGAAUGGCCUCGAUACAGCCACAGGCAUUGCAGGCCUGUUGACCUUGGCCUUCGCCUGUUUGCAAGGUUGUAUCAAAGGUUUUACGCUGCUACGCCGAGCGCGUAGCCACGACCGUGAUGUGAAGGUAGUAAGCUUGAUGAUCGAGCUCGAAGAGCACAAGCUUCAGACAUGGGCCGAAGAAGUUGGCCUGUUCGAUGAUCCGCCAAACCUUCGGAUGAACGCCCGAGAUGCUCGGUUGGUACCAAAGAUCUUGGAACGACUGCAGAAUCUCCUUCUAGAUGUGAACGGGCUCAAAAAACGAUACAAUCUGGACAUUAGAGAGGGCACAGAAAUGCUGGACCCCGACGAGUGCAAUUCCGUCGAUUUCAGGCUACCUCCGCAGCAGCGAAAGAGCCUGUCAAAGCUAUUUGGACACAAACCAGGCUGGAGGAAGUGGACAUGGAUUGCCUUUGAGGAGAAGAAUGUUCGCAAAUUGAUGGAGGAUGUCAAAGUCUUUGUCGACCAGCUACGGCAAUUCCUUGAGCACGAAAGACAGAUCAAGAUGGAACAGAGAUUUGACGUAUUCCUGCGGACAACUGUCGUCAAAACUGCCAACGAACAAGAGCUAGGUGUCAUUGGUCGCGAUCACAAUUCCUCUUUCUCCAAGGGGGCUGUUCCCGCUGCUGCUCGCUUGAAACGACAGGGUCUUCUUCUCGGGGUGACAGAAACAUGCACAGACAGUCACUCAACCAUCCGAGGGCCUGAUCCUCGGAGGACCCCUACCAACAGAGACUUGCACUCUUCUCUCUCCACCGUCUCAAUCGCAACAUCACCUUCGGCCUCGUCGAUGUCGAUGAGGCUGAACUCGACGGAGCUCGUCUGCGAUUCUUCGCGGACGGAGGGCAAUCGGUAUUUUGCUUGGUAUGCGCGUGAGCCGGUACUUCUCGAGUGGAAGAGCGGUGGAGGCAUCAAGCUCUUGCAGCUCGAGAACCGACUGGACCGCGUUUCAGCCUUUUUGCACGAACUUGAACCGUCCUUCCACAGUCUGCCUUGCCGUGGCUACAUCAAAGAUUGGUCCGCAAAGGACCGAUACGCCUAUGUCUUUGAUCUUCCUUUCAGCGUCUACCCUCCAGCAGUGCAGAAAAGCCCUGUCAGCAGACACAUGGAUCCACCAUCAUUGCCUAGUAUGUACACCUUGCGAGAUAUGCUAGAACGACCAAUGGAGACCCCGUCACUCAAUCUUCGACUCUCCUACGCCAUUACACUCUUGGAGACUUUGCUUCAGAUUCAUACUGCCGACUGGCUGCACAAGGAGCUUCGGUCCAACAACAUUCUCUUCAUCCGAGGACCACAAUCGAACAAUGCAUCCGAUGAAGAUAUUUUGCUUUCCCCGAUCUACGUCGCGGGCUAUGUCUAUGCAAGAGUAGACCAUCCAAACGAACUUACGGAGCCUACCGGGUCACACUUUGAAAACAACCUUUAUCGUCACCCGCUGUCUAUGGGCAGCUCUAGGGUUUCAUAUCGCAAGAGCUUCGAUAUCUUCAGUGUCGGUUGCGUCCUGCUUGAGCUGGGACUGUGGAAAACCCUGCCAGACAUUCUGCGGAGUGGAUCUAGGGACUUGCAGCGUGGCGUGGACGUACCGAAUGCUACCUAUAAAAGUCCGAAUGUCUCAUAUUCGUCCUCAUCAGUCAUGCUCACGCCAAGAUCAUCAUCUCACUCUAUGACUAGACAGAGUCGUGGCAGUCUAAGGGAGAGGCAGAGCCGUGAUUCAAGGCUGCAGAGGAGUGUUCACUCUGUCGAUCAAGAAAUGGCUGAUGACAGCCCGGCGCCUGAUUUUGACCUUUUGGAACUACGACAUCAGCUACUUCUCUCCAAUUUGACAGAGGGGAGCAGUUGUCAGGUGGCCACAGCAAGGAAUGCCUCAUCUAAUGACAUUCUCAAGUCGCUGAAAGCGGCCGCAGGCAUUGGAUAUGCAGGGAUAGUCGAGAGCUUCCUGGGGGUUGUUGAAAACAUGAAGGCGACGGGAAGCAACGCAGACCUUUGGGGACACAUGGAUGAGCACGAAUAUGCUCUCAAGCUGGAGAUGGAAUCUCUCGACUCUCUCAGGGCCAUUGCAAGAGUCAUCUGA